CACGUGCUCACGUGGCCCGGAGGUCGGUCACGUGGUCACGUGGCCCGGAGGUCUUUCGGAUGUAGCGGAGCAGCAGGCACCGACACAACCGUGGACAACAGGAAGUUUCACCGGGGGAAGGCUGCUGCGGGUCGGCUUAAGAAAGUGCCACACGUCGCCUGUUUGUCAGCAUGACAGACAAUGACUGUUACCAUGAGCAGCUCCAGAGGGAUGCCCACUUCCUGUGUUCAGAUCAGAGGAUGGACAUUGAACUCGUUGACCGACUGGUGCUGCAGCUCAACAGGAUCUACCCCCAGAUACUCAGUGACAAAGAAGCCCACAGGUUCAGGAAUCUGAGCAUACCCACCAAGCUGCGGUUAGCUGAUCUGCUGAAGCACCUGCAUUGGAAGGGGGAGGAGGCAUGUCACGAAUUCUACAGAGGACUCCACAUUCAUGCAGAGGACGUCUACUCCAGCCUGCCCACCAGAGUCACACAAAGAGAGAUGGCAGACCCAAAAUGGUCUAACGAUGUGGCAGUUCACCCAGAGCGAUUUGUGCUUAAUGAAAGAGGACCGAUGUUCUUCCUGAGCUGUUUCAGUUUUGUAGUUGGUAUUGCAAUACUCUACUAUUACGGAGACGGUGAGACACUGAGACGUACGGGGCCGUUUCUUCACUGCUCUGCAGCAAGGCUCAGUAAAGGCUUACCCGUCCAAUUGACUGACUAUUCACCUUUGGGAAAAAGACUGCAAGGAAUCUGGAUCAAAACCAAGAGCUGAGAUGAGUCAGUGUGACUUGGCUUAAGUUCACUGACCUGCUGUCCUGUCUGCAAAAUGAUCUGCACCGGUAAAUAUCAUCCUAACUCAUCGUUCCUUCUCAACGGACCUGUUUUCCUAAACCCCAGCCGUGGCUGUAAAACGCGGACUUCUUCAAGUCGGAUCCCUGGACGUGUGACUAUCCGGUACUUUGAUAUUUAGAUUGUCAUCUUUAUUAGUAUUGACACAUUUAUGCACGAAAUCAAUCACCUUCUCUUCGUUCGAUAUCACAAGUGCCGACCGCAGCUUUUGAACCGCGUGAACUCUGACCUGCAUGGUGUCAGGAGUGGUUGCCAUGGUUACAGCUAGACUACAUCUAGUAGUGACCUGUUUGUCCAGGAGUCAGUGGACUUGACAUUGGUGAGGGGGACGCUUUGUAGGGCCAAAGGUGACACGUGGUAGGCUUCAAUCUUGCCGAAGGACAGGAUGGAUGGAGGAGGUGACGCAACACAAAAAGCAAUUAAGGGAUGAGAGAUGUGAAGCAUCUCUGACAGCAAAGACACCUCUGGUGUAACAACAGGCCUCUGUUCAAUCUCUCACCUAUGAAGAUAAGCAGGACCCCGACUGUGACCUGCAGACACAGGGAGAUGCUGAUUAGGGUGACGAUGGGGGCAUAAAAGGACAAAUGUGGUCCCUGCUCCAGCACUGCCUUAAGCUGGGAGGCGUUGGCCAUCAGGAGAGCCACAUCCAACAUGCUCUCAGCUGCACUCUUCUUAUUAGCAUAGUGGUUCAUGUUCAGUGGGGCCGGGAUGCUGGGCCCAGCAUCUGGGUGGGGGCCCUGGGGAAAGAAGAAAGUAAUUGACACAGAGAUAAUGUUUAUGGCUCUGAGAUAAUGCCUGGAAGAAGAAUGCAUAGAAAGAAACAAGAGAGGAAUGCUUUGUGCUGCGUUCUGUUCUCCCAAUAGAGCAACAAGGCAGCAUGUUGAUGAGACAAGCAGUCAUUUUGUGCUUCCUGUGCAGUGAUGGUGAGAAUCUGGUUAUCACUCUUACCUAAUUAGCACAAGAGCAGCUAUUGCAGAUGGGUGACCUUUGAAAACAGAGCCAUUAGUACGACUAGGAGUUACUGACCCGCUAGUAGCAAACCCAUUAAAAGGUGGUGCACAAGAGAAAGUCAGCGUGUGUAGUGUUCAAGCCAUUCCAUAUAUAUAGCUAUGAUUUUAAAUGAUCACAUACGGCCUGCACUUUUUCUUGGUCUUUGCUCACAGCAGAUUAUACUGUAUGUGUUGCUGAGAGCUGCACUUUUCCCUUUUUUCUGUCUUGCCGGUGUAAACAUUAUUAUAUUACCUACACUAUGUAGAAGGAACUUCAAUUGAAGGAGAAUAAUUUAAGUUGUGUCCUUUCUCUGAGGUAACAGGUGAUAAAUGAAAGCGUAUAAGAAUUUGUUUUUUAAUUUAAAACAAGAGGUAACAAGUUUUUGUGUGUGUGUCCACUCCAUCCCAGUGGAAUCUGUAUUGUAAAGACAAAAACAUACAGCCGGCCAGCCUGGAUAAAUAGCCAAUUUGUUGAAAACUAGGAAAUAAGAUGCUUUUAAAAUGAUUUAAAAAAAUACGUCUUCUGAAGCGCUGAUGAACGAACAGCUUCUUUGGUGAUGCUUCGCUAUCACCUGAGCACCAUCACUAAGAAUGUGGGCAUGUCAAGGCCAAAUACCUAUUCACCCUCUGAGAAACAUGAAAUAAUCAGCAGUUCUCCCUCACAGCCUUUUCCUCGAAGAUUAAGCCUCCCCCUGUUUCUCACAACACAUCCCCUGCAGCUGCUGAAAGUGUAGUUUGUCAGAGACAAACCUAACCACAGAGCUGGUGCGAACUGUCUUUCCUCUUCAUUUGCUCCGGGGUUGGAGACAAAAAGAGAAAAACAAGGAGAGCUGCACCCUCCAAUUAGCUGCAGGGCCAGCUACAGCUGAAUUACAAUGUCUUUAAGAGAUUCACAACAAUCAGCUGGCAUGGCAUGAGAGGGAAGAACAAGCUGCACCAUGGGUGUGGUAGUGGGGGUAGAAGAAGAACUGGUACUCUGGUUUAGUAUUUGGAUCAGUUUUUUUUUGUCACUGCUGUGAUAACUACUGGACAAGCCAUGUUCAUUUCUCUUAAUAAGCCUUUGAUUUUAGAAAAUGGAUUACAUGUGUCACUGGCCAAGUCCUUCAUCCAGCAGCGCACCUAUUAGUUUAGAUUUUAUAAUUUGGCAUAGCUUCAUGGGAACACGGCAGGCACAUUCUGACAACAUCCAGCAAACCUUUCUCAAAAUCCUUUUCACUCAUGGAAAAAGCCAUAAUGCCCCAUGGUACGACUCAUAUCAAACAGCUCUCCUGAACAUGUUUCAUCACAUUCCAUGGGAAAAGCCAUGUGGGGUGGUGCAGUGCCCUUGUGACUGUGAUUUGUGCCAAAAGCCACAACUGGCACACUGUCAUGACGUGUCAGGGUCAGCCGUUCUGCUCUCUAACACGGGCUUUUCAAAGGAAGCCCUUUAUCCCAGAGUCAACAGACCACAGAGAUAAUGCUCGUUGUGAGAUCACAGGUUUGGAAAUGUGCAAUCAGGACGUGUAGAAACACAGCAAACACACAAGUUUUCUCCAAAAUUCACCAGUGAACAGAAUUCACUUUCUUCACAUACUGUAUAUGAUACUUGUCGUGCGUACACACUAGACCAAGACACAGAGUCCAAGCUUAUUGUCAGGAUUAAUCAUGCUGACUACUCAUAUCAUAUGGCUGAUAAUAUAGUACAAUGACUUGCAGCAGAGGAAAGAUAAGAGAAUAUCGGCUUUGGUUUGUGUCACAUAUGUAACUCGGUCACAUGGGGUGAAGAAAAAAACAUGCUACAUGUGCAAAAACACAAAUUACAGGACACAUCUGAUCCAAGCUUUAAUUUGGUAUCAUGCCUCAAAUUAAAGAAAAAAAACACAGAAAAGAACCCACAUUUGCAUAUUUGGACUGACUUUGGUUUCCUCAUUCUAAAAACAGAGCAGAUGUCUGUCACACGGCCAUUUUAUGGAUCUAUUGUUAUUUUUUGUACAAUCUAAAAUGAAAGGUCUUCAUUAAAACAAUCGUUCUCU